AUGCGCUAUUUUCCCUCUAAUUUUAUCAAAUCGACUUCAGAUAUUGGUAAAGAAGUUGGUGCAGAAAGUCUUCACCCUAAUAAUGUUGUGAGAGAGCUAGCUGGAUUACUGGCGAAAAAUGACUACAGUGGAACCAACGAACUUAAGCCCAUCUUUCAGCACCUUCAGUCAAAUGAAACCAAGGAAAGCAUUUUCAAUCGCUAUGCUGGGAAGGUGUUUUAUAUUUUGCUUGUUCUUGAGCCACCGGAAUCCCAGAUUGGAAUAGAAAUUGUUCUCGAUCUACUACCCUAUCCCGAUGUGGCAGUCCGAAUUCUUAAAAAUGAAGAUCUCUUUACCAAUCUCGGAGUAAAACCAAGUGGCGAAAAGAUAGCGCUCUUAGACAGAAGUGGAAAAGAGCAAUCUCUAACAAUUUCUGGCCAAAAUAGUUCGGAUUACGUGGACAGUGUUUCUCAGUUUCUGGUUCAGACCUCACCGCCAACAAUCUAUCAAGCUGACUUGGAAUUAGCUAUCUAUCAAAUCACACACAUCGAAAUACCCAAAGUUUCAUUGCUAACUGGCUAUAAGUUAAAGGCUCUUCGCCACAAUAUGAGGCUGUUAAAUAAAUAUGGUCCCUUGAGAAAAAAUGGAAAGCAUUUAAUGAAAAGCCUUGUAAAAUAUGUAAAGUCGAAUGAUGAAAUCACUGGAGAGCAGUUCUUCAAUAAAGUGAACGAAACCCAGGAAGGCCCUUGGAAAUCGUUUUCGGGCACGCGAUUCAUCGGAUGUGUGGGCUCUAAGGACUUUGCGCGACGUAUUACCUGUUCCUUUUGGGUAUUGUUUCAUCACCUUACCGUAAGGGCUGCCGAAAUUCGAACUUAUCCACCCAGCUCUGUGAUAAUAGGACUUUACGGCUUUGUUAAGUACUUUUUCUCCUGCUCGGUAUGUACCAAACAUUUUCAAAAGAUGGCCAAGAGAAGAAGAAUAGCAUCCGUGAGAACGCAUGACCAGGAGAUCCUUUGGCUGUGGGAAGCCCAUAAUGAGGUGAACCAACUAUUGUCUGGAGAUGCCACAGAGGAUCCGAAGUUCCCAAAAGUACAGUUUCCACAGAGGAAACACUGUCCAUCCUGCUAUAGGAGUAGAACGAAUAGAUGGAACAAGGCUGAGGUACUGAGAUACUUAAAACGGAUUUACAGUACUAAAAAUCUCAGCUUUAAUGGAAUAUCCACCUAA